CAGUUUAUUAGCUAAAGAGAUUUGCUUACGGUAGCAUGGUUAAGGAAUGUUAAAAACGUAAACGUCGCGUUUUGAUUUUUUUCAACGUUAAUUGAUGCACGUCGGUUUGUGACGUUGGUCGAGCAAGGACAGCUUCUGAUAGAGAUCAUCGUUUGGGCGCAGAGUGCAGUGAAUUGUGUUUGAGUGGUCUACUUCCGACGGAUUGUGCUCAACGAUGACCAACUUCGGAAUCGCGCCUCUCUGAAGAUCUCCCGAUGUUGGCGCAGCUAGAUUACUUCCGAGACAGUUUGGUGAAGACAAACAUGAUGCCUCUGGCACCUACACCAAUAGUGGCAGUGCCGUCCAAGCCAAAAAUCGGGUUCUCAAUAGACUCUAUAGUGGGUGGUGCGAAUCAGCCAUCCAGUCCGCACUCGUCGCCGGUUCAUUUCUCGGAGAGCUCGGCGCCUUUGAGCCCUUCCAGUGACACGGACAAUAGGCUGAACGGUUCACCUCAAAGAUCGCCCAUAGGCUCUCCAAAACCCCCGAUCAUGGUGCCUGGGAUUCCGGCGCAUACCUUGGUUAGGCCGAGCCCGACGUAUGAGGGCAACAUGAUGUCCAAAGGUGGCUUCAUGCAGCCUGAGCUCAUGCAUAAUCACCCUGGUCAGCAUCCUUUCGCCUUGGCUGCUCAUUUUCAAGGCGCUGCUCUGGCAGCGGCUCUUAGCUCGGGGCAGCACCAGUUCAAUCAGCCGUCACCCUUGAAUCCUCACACUCCACCAAGAGACAGUUAUCCCCUUUACCCGUGGCUCUUAUCCAGGCACGGCAGGAUAUUCCCACAUCGGUUUCCAGGAGGACCGGACAUACCAGGCUUCCUUCUACAGCCCUUCAGAAAACCGAAGAGAAUACGGACGGCUUUCAGCCCGUCGCAGUUGCUCAAGCUAGAACACGCUUUCGAAAAAAACCACUACGUAGUUGGCGCCGAAAGGAAACAAUUAGCGCAGUCCCUAUCACUCACAGAAACUCAGGUCAAAGUGUGGUUUCAAAACAGGAGAACGAAACACAAAAGAAUGCAGCAGGAGGAAGAGGCCAAAACGAGUCAGGGCGGUAAAGGUCAGCAGAAUUCACAAAAUUCCCAACAGAACUCUCACCACGUGAACAAGUGGAAACAAGAGACUGGCGAGGAUGACCAAUAUGGCGAAUAUAUCGAUAUGGAUAUGGACGAAGAGUGUAGCAGUGACGUCGAAAGUGAUACUUGAGGAAUCCUCGAGCGACAUAUGUAAAUUGUAAAUAAAUUGUACAAAUUCAUACAAGUGGCAAUAUGUACAUUGAAGAGGUAGUGCCAACGAUGUGCCAAAAAACUUUCUAGUGCCAAUCUCGAUAUACAAACUAGAAAUUUAGUACCAGUGUAUAUAUUAUUUAUUUUUUUCGAAAUUUGUAUUUAUUUCUGUAAAUAUUCAGUUGACUGUAUUUGCCUGGCGUACAUACAAUGAAUUUUAUGACCUUUUUGUCACAAAAGAAGCAUUUUUAUUCUCACCUCACUCUGUGAAAAAUUAUAGGUUUUUAAAUUGUUAUUAUCCUGUGAAUUUACGAAUAAUCCUUCUCGAUUCAUUGUAGCUUAAUCGUUUGCGGUGUCUUUUGUAUAUUUGUUGUUGAAGUUGAGUAAGAUUGUACGUAUGUAGUUGAACAUAGAAGAAGAUUAUAUUGAAAAGAUUGUACUUAAAUGGAUUCUAUUUGAAAACAUAAAUAUGAGAAAAAUAAAAGUCUCGAAUGUGA